AUGCAACUCAUUACAUCUAAUGUUAAACCAUACACUCCUCCACUUCUUUUGGAUCAGUUUGGAAAUUAUGUUGUACAAUGUUGUCUACGUUUAAGCUCUCAAAGAAAUCAAUUUAUAUUUGAUGCAAUGGUAGAUAGAUGCUGGGAAAUAGCACAGGGUCGAUUUGGCGCGCGUGCAAUGAGAGCUUGUUUAGAAAGUCAGCAUGUUACCAAGAAGCAACAGAAACAAGUUGCUAUUGCUAUCGUAAUGAAUGCGGUCCCUCUUUCCACUAAUCCAAACGGUGCUUUAUUAUUGACAUGGAUGCUUGACACUUCAUCCUUCCCUGGUCGAUAUCGUAUUCUUGCUCCGCGCCUUGCUCCUCAUCUGGCACAUUUAUGCACUCACAAACUUGCAUCGUUAACUGUUCUUAAAAUUAUCAAUCAACGACAAGAAGCCGAUGCUCGUGACUUGACGAUUACAUCUUUGUUUUUCUCUGCAAAUGAUCAAAUUCUGGAAGAUGUAUUGAGCGAUCAAGUUCACGGCGUCGGGGUUGUACAAAAAGUUUUGGCUAGUCCAUAUGUUGACAGCAGCGAAAAACAGAGGUUAGCAGAAAAGGUUAAAAUUGUUUUGGGCAAGUUAAAAGUUCAACAGGUGCAAGGAUAUAAACGUUUACUGGAAGAAUUGGGAAUGGUUGGUGAUCCUGCUUUGGGCGCACCAGCUAUGAAUUCUGGUCCUUCCCCAGUCGGUAUUCCGCAAGCUGCAGUUAGUAAUCCUACUACCGAAAAUAGCAAUUCUCCUCACGAGCAAUUGGCUCCUCAAUCGGCAGGGCAACAAACUUCAAGUGAAAGUUCUACUUUAAAUUCAGGAACACAGUCUUCCACACCGAUGGCUUCAACACCGACAACAACUUAUUCAUCAGCACCAAUGUUUAUGAAUAAUAUGCCAAUGUCUCCUCACCCACACUCGCCUUUUCCACCUACAUCACCAUACCCUCACAUGAGUCCUUUUACGCCUUUCAUUCAUCCGUCCACUUUAGCAGCAGUUGCAGCUGGUAUGUAUGGACAUCCGGCAAUGUUUAGUCCUGCGGCUUAUCCAUACAUGCUCGCAGCAAGUGGUGCGAUUCCGCCACCAAUC